ACAGUUAUCUUGCUUAUGAUGCAGGUCCCCAAAAAGUGUCUUUGCUUUUUUCUUGCAAAAGAGCCACAGAUUGCCCAAGAAAGGUGUAUUGAUGGUGCUCCCCAAGGGAAGAAAUACUGUCAGUACGGUUCCAGGAAGCAAUAAGCACCUCCAUGAAAAUAACUCAAGUCCCCAUCCUUAAUCCCUGCCUAUCCUUUUUUAUCUGAUGGACUCAGUGAGGGCUGGAAGAUCACAGUGCGGCUGAAAACAAAAGGGAGUUAACAAGAUGUGACCAGUCAAUGGAUAAAACAAUAGGUGAAGCGCUUCACGUUGUCUAGUUCCCAGGUGUCCUUCUCAUGCACAGGUAGCCAUGUGGAUCCUGGUGAGUUUUCUCUGCUGUGUAACGCUCGGAGGGCUGCCACGGGCGGGUGGCUCAUGCCCAUCGCAGUGCAGCUGCGCCUUCCACAGCCUCAGCGAAGGGACGAAAGCCAGGACGGUGCUGUGUAAUGACCCGGAGAUGACCCUCACUCCUGUGAACAUUCCUGUAGAUACGUCCAAGCUUCGGAUAGAAAAGACAGCCAUCCGCAGGGUGCCAGGAGAGGCUUUUCAUGGACUCCACAACCUUGAGUACCUCUGGAUGCCCUAUAACUCCCUGGCCAGCCUCAGUGGGAUCACCUUCAAGGGCCUUCAUCGCUUACAGGAGCUGAGGCUGGAUGGGAAUGACUUAAUAUCAUUCCCCUGGGAAACCCUGGCUGACAUGCCACAGCUAAGACUUCUGGAUUUACAUAACAAUGAACUUACCUCAAUCCCUCCAGAUGCUGCUCGUUAUGUCAAGAAUAUCACAUACCUGGACCUGUCUAGCAAUAAGCUGAUGACUCUUCCACAGGCUCUUAUCGCCACCUGGGCCAGUCUCCAGGCCGUUCCUUACUUCCCCAAUGAUAAUUCCAAGAUGAUCCUAGGCUUGCAAGACAAUCCUUGGGUAUGUGACUGCAGUCUGUACGAAAUGGUCCAUUUCCUAAAUUUCCAGUCUCCUAACAUAGCAUUCAUUGAGCCCAGGCUGAAAUGCUUCACCCCCCGGAGCCUUGCAGGAGUCUACUUCAGCCAAGUUGAGCUAAGGAAGUGUCAAAGCCCUGUUGUGCAUACGUCUGUAGCCAAAGUAAAGACCAUCCUGGGCAGCACUGUGCUACUACGAUGUGGAACAACGGGGGUGCCCAUUCCUGAGCUCAGCUGGAGAAGAGCUGAUGGUGCUCAGCUAAAUGGCACAGUUCACCAAGAGAUUUCCAGUGAUGGGAUGAGCUGGUCUAUUCUGGGCCUGCCUGUAGUCUCCUAUCUGGACUCUGGAGAGUACAUCUGUAAAGCAAAGAAUUUUCUGGGGGCAACAGAGGCAUUCAUAUCUCUCAUCAUCACAGACUCAGAAAGCACAGAUGACCCCAACUCUAAUGUCAAAGGCGCAUGGAGUGGGAAGGCGAGUGGGAUGGAAGCAGCUGCCUACAAUGACAAGCUAGUGGCAAGGUAUGUUAUCACCACCUCCACUGUGCCUACCUUGGGCACUGGAGAGGGCAUCCUCCCAGACGUGGCACAAGAUAGCAACCGUGGAAACCUGCUGGUGAGUCCGCCCACUGCUCAGCAGGAGCCAGAGCGAAUGGUGAGGUCUGUCAGGGUGAUAGGAGACACUGACCAGAGUAUCACCCUGGCCUGGAAGGCUCCUCUGGCAAAGAACACAACAGUAUUCAGUGUCCUCUAUGCGAUCUUUGGAGAGAGGGACAUGCGGCGGAUCAACGUGGAGCCAGGGAAAACCAAGGUCACCAUUUAUGGGUUGCUGCCAAAGACCAAAUAUAUUGUGUGUGUCUGUGUAAAAGGCCUGAUCCCCAGGAAAGAGCAAUGCAUCAUAUUUUCCACAGAUGAAGUCGCCAGCGCAGGAGGGACCCAGAAGCUCAUCAAUGUGGUUGUCAUCAGUGUGGCCUGUGUCAUUGCUGUUCCUCUAACACUGGUGGUCUGCUGUGGAGCGCUGAAAAGGCGCUGCAAAAAAUGCUUUGUGAGGAAACCCAAGGAAAUUCAGGAGUCCUAUGUCACCUUUGAAAGCCUGUCCCCUGGGGCCAAGGCAAAAGGUGUGGAAGGAGAAUACUUGACUAGACAUACCCCCGAUGAGUCAAACAGGCUGUUGUCUGCCCGAUCCAGUGUGGAUUCAGAAGCAAUACCAAAGAUAGAGGGGCAACCUAACGAAUACUUUUGCUGAUGGUAACUAGACUGACUGUCAGCUCACUAGAUGGAAAGCACAUGGCUGUAUAUAUAACUCUCUUCUACAGCACUGCAGGCCACCCUGUCAGUGCUUCUGUUUCUGACAUGUUCUGGGGGACGAUGCAAGAGGGUUGGCCAAGUUUUACAUAAACAUGUUGCUCAUCCCACAUGGGGUUUGCUGCUUUUACUCAGUCAGAAGCUUCUGUGACAAUGGCCUCAUUCUCCUGGACCACUUUUAUAUUUGUAACACGAAGUGUGCACACUGAGUGUGAGCACGUUAAACAACAUUUCUGAGAGUACUCGGUGUUCUUUAGUACCUGCUCUGCAAUAUGCUAUGUAUUUCAUUUUCAGUUCUUUUGGUAUUUUUUGGUUGACAAACGGGAGUGUUUAGUAAUUUUAAUAUAAGUAUUUAUGAAAGUAAAGAUUGAGAGUCUUACCUUUUACAUUCUCCAUGUUUGCAUGAAACAUGCAGCUUGAUGCUUAAUAAAUCAGUAAUGACAGAUGCACAGCAACUGUUUUUAGUAUGUUUAACAUAAAAGCAGCUCUCUGUUCUGCAUUCAGGGAAAUGUGCAAAAGAGAUAGAAAACAAGAGACAAAACCCAAUCCACUCCUAAGAAUACAUAAUAAAGAGCAUUUUGUGAUUGCAUUUUGGCCCUAAACUCUGUUGUUAAGAUACAGUAUCUUUCCACAGAGAUCUUUGAGUAUCACUCCUAUCACUAUCACUCACUGGCAUUUUCUAGCUGUAUUGUAAUUAAUAGAGUAUGUUUUAUAUCAGCUGUGCUAGUUAAAAAUCGUAUAAUGUAGAAAUUGUACUCUGCAAAUUAUGUGAAGUGUUAUAAUUCGUUGUCACCAGUCUGAAAAACCUACAUAAGGCAGUUCUGCAAGAAUCUCACAGACCAGCCCUAUCAUUGGUGCUGGCUCUCUUGACAAAACUGGUGGUGAAGAUCAGAGGGCUCAGUCAGGUACCUUGUGGGUUGGUCAUGAAAAUAUCUUGCUCUGUGCAGAGCAGGGGUAUGUGAUGUGGUAGUGGAGGGCUAUUGCCCAGGUACACAUCAGCCAUACUUCCACCAUGACAUCAGUGAUGGCAAAGGCUCAGCAUGGACUUCUGGUUUUCAAACAAUUUACAGGUUUAAGAACCCUGAAAAAAAGCUAAUAUUUAUCAAAAUAUACUUUCACAGUCAGGGUGAGCUAAUUAGUUAUUUAAGUCCUGCAGCUCCACUGGAAGCUGGAUCUGAGUGCUUAUCACAAAGCACUUCCCAGCUGGAUAAUUUUCUACUACAGUCCCUCAUGUAAUAAUACUGUAUAUAAAGUUUUUCUCUUUGUAAUAAAUAUUCUUAAUGAAAAAAAAUAUGUAUGUUCUGCCAAACGUUGAAUGGGAGGGAUCCAGCCAAGUUGAAAUGUUAACUGAUAAAGCUUGCCGAGUUGUUUUGAAAUGUGUAUUUGUAAAUUUAUUGGAAGGGUCUUCACUCAUAUUCUAGAUGAGUAUGUACAGUGUGGGUUAAGAACAUUCUCCUUGUACAGAUGGGUUUCAGUUAUGUCAGAUUACUUGGCCUGAUAGAAAAAGCCAGUCAUUUGAUCCUAACAUAAAUACUAGCAGCAGGGAAUACAUUACAAUAGUUUCUGAUAGGACUCCCUGUAUUUCUUACAUUAAUGAGAAAGAACUUCUCUUGCACUGGGAGAAUUUGUCAAACUUUGUGUAAAAUAAAGCAUGUUACUUCUAUCACUGGACUGCAUAGAUUUGUGGGUUUACAGAUAACAUUUUGUAAAAUUAUGUAUUUUAAUACAACAAAUUGAGAAAUAUGUAGUAUGUAAUAAUACUUGCUUAUACAGAUGCAAUUCCCAGGAUGAUUUUUUGAAUCUGUCUCCAAAGUAGUGCAAAAAUAUUCUUCUAGUAGCCGUUUUUGGGAUGAGUUGCAAGGAUUACUGUGUUACUGAGCCUGAUUUGUGCCUACCCGCAGGCUGUUACUGAGCCUGGAUUCUGCAGAAACGAGACUGAUGUGGCCCUGGA